UGUAUCAAGUGUAUGUGGGUCUUUGUCUCACCCUCACACACUCGCCGCUCCUCUUGCAACUCUUCUUGGGAUCUGUGGAUCCCUUUCCUCGGUGACAGGCUCCCCACACCAAGCAGUCACCAUUUCCGCCCCCGGGAGACCCACGCUGGCAGCGCAGCCUCUUCCCCGACUCAGCAUCGGGAGGAAGACCCUGGUGGCGGCUGCCGUAGGGGUUAUGCUGGUCCUGGUGCUGGUGGUGCUCAUCCCCGUGCUCGUCAGCUCCGUGGGUACAGAUGCCAGCCACUAUGAGAUGCUGGGCACCUGCCGUAUGGUGUGUGAUCCCUACAUGAACAAAGGCACUCCAGCCAGCAGCACGAGCUCCACCGGUCUUCAGGCUGAGGCAGAGGCGUUGAGUGACCACAGCAAUGUGCUUCCACCCUCCACCUUACUGCAGGGUCCACAGGGGAAGCCUGGCAGGCCAGGCAAGCCGGGACCACCUGGACCGCCGGGAGAACCAGGGCCACCAGGGCCACCAGGACCAGCUGGACCUCCUGGUGACAGAGGAGAUCAAGGAAGGACUGGGAUUUUGGGUCUGGGGGGUAACGGAGCUAUCAGCACAGCCACCUACAGCACAGUACCUCGGGUGGCCUUCUAUGCAGGGCUUAAAAAUCCCCACGAAGGCUACGAGAUCCUCAAGUUUGACGAUGUGGUCACCAACUUAGGCAACAACUAUGAUGGCAUUUCGGGCAAGUUCAUCUGCAGCAUACCGGGUACAUACUUCUUCAUCUACCAUGUGCUGAUGAGAGGAGGGGACGGCACAAGCAUGUGGGCAGACCUCUGCAAGAAUGGCCAGGUUCGUGCCAGUGCCAUUGCCCAAGAUGCUGACCAGAACUAUGACUAUGCCUCCAACAGCGUCAUCCUCCAUCUGGAUGCAGGAGACGAGGUCUACAUCAAACUGGAUGGAGGCAAAGCCCACGGUGGCAACAACAACAAGUACAGCACCUUCUCUGGCUUCAUCCUCUACGCAGACUGAGAACACACAGACACAGAGACAGUCAGACAGGAAGAGACUCAGACUAAGUGUAGUAUGACGGGGGGGAGGGGGUGUAUGUGUUAAAAGCCUGGAAUGCUUUCUAGUUUUCCUAAUUCUCUCCAUCAUCACGGACACCUCUGCUUCGUAUCCAUCAGUCAAGACAUCCAGGUUCUGUAGCCAAGUCUGGAUGCAAAGCUCCUGAGGACUGAGAGGAGCUCGGUUGGGCGUGUGUGGGAGGAGUGGGAUGUUAGGUGGAGGUGGGCCGGUUUUUCCGCACUCCUUGCCACAAUGCCACUGGUCAAAAGCUCCUCACUCUCAGUGUCUCUCCUCUUUAGCCCUGCUCCAUUGCACAGAAAUAUCAACAAAUAUGAAAACCCUGCUAAGUGGAUGAUCUCACCUCUUCUCUCCACAGCGGCAGCAGUCAGCUGCAGUAUCAGUGGACUGAAGUGACUGAAACUUAUAGUGUUGUUCCGUGAAAUUUUCCUUAGAUUGUGUUUUCAUUUUGUAGACAUGCAUAAUAUUCAACACAAGCAAGAUUUUAAAAAAAAAUAAAAGAGAAUAUAUUUGUCCCUUGUGAAGAUAUCCUGUUUGACUGAGAGAUGUUAUUUGUGAUGCAGCUCAGAGCUCUAACAGCUGGAAAACAAAUCUUUAAAUCAAGAGUUUUACUAUUUCAUAGCAGUGGGUGUUUUUCUUCAUUUCUAGGUAAAACAAGGUAACUAUUAUUCAUGUGGAGAAUAAAAACACAUUCUGCACUUCCAAUGUAUCUGAAGAAGAAAACAUCUAAUAUAGACAAUACCCUAUCCAGAAACCACCUCACACUGUUUCUGGCACUGUCACAAAUGUCCAGCUGCUCUUCAGAUUAAAGGAGGGCACAAAUAAUCUUUUCAAUGUUCUAGCUUCAUGUAGAUGUUCCACUCAACACAACCAGUUAUGUGAUACAGAAAAUUUUCAAACUCAGAGGUAACCCAAUUGAAGAAAGCCAAUCCUUUCCUCUUCUCUGUUAUGCCGACCUCCAAGGUUUCUUGCGAGUUAUUAAAAAUGAAGAAGAAGAAGAAGCAGCGAGCGAGGAAAAGAAAGUCGCAAAUGCAGACAAAGAGUCAGAAGUGAGUGAGAUGGGGAGGUAGAGGAGGCGUUCAAGCACAGUGAAAGUGAGUGGGCAAUUUUUAUGUUUCAGUGUCUUCACUGGAUGUCAUCCAUUCAUUAGCUGCAUAUUCAAUGACACACAGGCAUUAUGGUAAUAUUUACUCGACAUGGCUGCCUGAUGGCUUGCUUGAGAAUGAAACUGAUUGGGUGAGUGACUUGGCCUAUUAUGACCGCACGUUUGAGUGUAUGCGUGUUUGCGUUUGUGCGCGUAUGUGUGUAUUCUGUGCAUACCAGUGAGUGUCUGCAUCUUAGCAUGUGCCGUGCCAUAAUUACAUUGUUAUUUUUCAGAGUUAUCCUGUGCUACAGCCAAUGACAUAUAUUUUACGCAGCAGCCAAUGAGAUUGUGCUCUGUAGGGUGGAGCCUCUAUAGAUAUGAUGAGAAGAACAAACAGCUUGUAAUUGAAAUCUAUGACUUGUUUGUCUAUCUUAUCUUUUGGAAUUGUUGAAUACAUUUCAAUAAUAAAUGGGAUUUUUUUGA